CCAUUAAGGCUACAGUUAAGAUAUUGACUUUUCACAUUAAACUAUUGGUAAAUCUCAGCUAAAUAGAUGCAGGUUUAAAUGAUAUUUGCUAGUAGCUAGAAGAGGGGAAUGAAUUAAUCACAAAUUGUGUUUUUUAUAACAGUGACUCUGCAAAAUAAGUGAAGCAUUUUGAUUGAUGUUUUAGGUUAAACACACAGAACUGGAUAUAAAUAGGGAGUAUACAGGAUUCUGGCAUCAAAGGACAUUGACUGACUCCAAUAGAGAAGAGCUAAGGGGACCUUUAUAUGCCUAUGCGUACAGGUCCAUGGGAAUGUGACAAUCGUAUCAAAUUACUGCAUUGUACUUAGAAUUACAGCUUUGGAGUUUGGAUAUACAGCAAUUCUUUCUUACAGAUUGGAUUAAGUGACCAAACAAAAGGAUUUCUGCAGAAAUUAUACACAGAUUAUAAGAAACAAAAGAUUAGAGAAAUAUUAGGGAAGAUAAAGUGCAAAGGAAACCAUCAGAAACCAGAUUGGUGAUCUACAACAUUCUGCAAAAAUGACAAACUUUACUUGGAAGACGAUUGUGUUCUUUUGCAAUUUGGCAGUUGUCAUCUGUAACCUUGGUGUUGAGAUAGGUGAUUUAAUUGACAGAUCUAGUCACAAAGUAUCUGGUAAAGUCUAUGCAGUAGAUAACACUCGUUUACACAUCAAAGGAUUCACAUAUGAUGGCGAAGGUCCAGAUGCGUUUUUCUGGAUCAACAAAAAAGAUGGCAGUUCAACUGUCGAUGGAAAUGGACAAAAGAUGGCUGAUGAAAUGGGAAGUUUGGGCAUCUUAGGUAAAUAUGAAAACAAAGAUAUCACCCUGGAGCUGCCUAGGGGGCUAGAAGUGACUGACAUUAAGUAUCUAUCUGUGUGGUGCAAGCAGUUUGGGGUUAAUUUUGGAGAUAUCAUCUUCCCAGAUAACGUACAGCCUCCUCAAGCGAAAUCUAUUGGACAGUUUUCUGAGUUGGCACACGGCCUUAGGUCAGGAGAGGUUGUCAUCUUGGAUGAGAAGACUCUUAUGGUUAAUAAUUUGCACUAUGAUGGUCAGGGACCCGAUGCAUUUUUCUUGGCUGGCACUGGAGAUAGUGUGAGAUAUUACGAUGGAAUCACUAAAAUACCAGAUGAAACUGGCAGUUUGGCAAUUUUGAAGAAAUACACAGGCCAAACUAUUACACUGACAUUACCAGAUCCACUCACUGUCAAGUCCAUAGAUUGGGUGUCAAUGUGGUGCAUCCAGGCCAACCAGAACUUUGGAGAUGUUAAGAUGCCAGAUGAAUCCGAGCUCACCAAUAUUCCCCCUUACUUCCCUAGAAUUAUGAUGAAGGAACUUGAGAAUUGUGAACAACUGGAUUCUACAGUUAACGCAGCUUGGGAGAUAGAUGGCGCUAUGAUCACAAUAGACAUGUCUGCAAAACUAGAUGAGGGUGAUUACAUCUCAUUUGGCUUAAGCGGGAAUGCAGAUUCAGUAGCCAUGAUUAAUGCUGAUGUAACUGUUGGCUUCAUUGAUGAGGGCACGUAUAAAGCUCAGGAUUACUACCUCAAUGCAAAGGCUGGGUGCUCCAGUGGUAGAGGUGCAUGUCCAGACAUAACACAAGAUGGCGCUGAUGAUGUUAUGGAUGUCCAGGGCAGAAUGGUAGAUGGUAUAACAUCUAUAAGAUACACACGUCCUUUAGGAACAGGUGACAGCAAGGAUCGUAACAUUACUUUGGGUACAGAAAUGGCUGUAGUGUGGGGAAUAGGCAGACUUGGUCUUAACAAGCUGGUUACUUACCACAGCAAAAAGACAGCAGAAUUAAAGAAGGUUAAUUUUGGAAGGACUGCAAUGCGUAACUGCCCAAAUCUUAAUACUGGAAAUGAUGGGCCUGCUCCAACCCCUUGGAAGAAAAUUGAACUAUUUGGAGCAAUGAAUAAUACAUUUACUGCCAAAAUUGGACCAACUGGAGGAAAACAGGGGUACGAGGCUCUCACUGGACGACCAUCAUGGGGAAUAGCUUGGUACAUAAACAACAUUCUGAUUCCUGAAGUGUAUGUUGUACGCAAUACCACAUAUAAGUUUAUCAUAAAUGGGGGAAAUGAUCCUGUGAAUUCAGCCAAGAAUCAUCCCUUCUACCUGACUAGUAGCCCAGAUGGUGGAUACAUUCAACUGGGUGCUGAUGAAAGAAAGGAGGAAAGAGUAUUUGCUGGUGUGGAAGAUGGGAAUGCCACUGCUGCUGGGAGCUUGUGUCAGUACAAGGAAAGUGCGGGUAUAAAGCCAAGUUAUGCAACCUUUGACGAGUACUUUGAUAACCUGCAGGAAUUAUGUGAUGAGCCCAAGGAGCCAGCUGUCUUUGAGUGGACUCCUGAUGCUGACACCCCUGAUGUAGUAUACUACCAGUGCUUCACCCACAAAUAUCUGGGCUGGAAGAUGCGAGUAGUUGAUGAAAUGCCCACCAGCAGUUCAAGUACUACAGUGGCAGCCAUGAUAACACUGUUGCUCAACUAUCUGAUGACCCGACUUCUUAGGUAGUUAUUCAUAGCAGGAGGACUGUAAUGCAAAAUAACACAGACAAUAUUUGUAUCAUAUACAAAGCAAUGAAAUAGAAAUCAUUGGUACUCUAAAAAGUAUAUAUUUUAAUUACAUGUCUUUAUCAGGGGCGUAGCCAGCUUUUAGCGGGGGGGGGGUGCGAUCGCCAAUUUUUUCUGUUCAGUCAGGGGGGUGCGAUUGACUGAU